GGAAAUCUCUCAAUCAUCAAUGUUACUUGUAUUGUGUCAGUUGUGAGGAGAACCUACAUGAAGGACAACCUUUCUUCUUGUCUUGAUCUCGGUGUCCAGGGUUCCCCUCGAUUGUAUUCUAAGUUUACUUCAGGGACCUGAGGUAUUUAGUUCAGCCUUGUCCUACCACGCUUCAUAGGGUGCUGGUGACGGUUAACACCAUUGUCGGAUUUUCAUUGUCAUUUCGUGCGAAAGAAAUUGGUGGAAAUGGCUGAACCAACGAAGCAGGAAAUUUCGCAAGUGUUCAAGAGCUUGUCCUCAUCACCGACGAAUAAACACUGCUUCGAUUGUAAUGCUGGAAACCCAAGCUGGACUUCAGUCACCUACGGUGUAUUUCUUUGCAUUGACUGCUCGGCUGUGCAUCGUUCUCUUGGUGUCCAUCUGACCUUUGUUCGGUCCUCACUUCUGGAUAGUUGGUCAUGGGAGCAGCUUAGGAGGAUGCAGGUGUCUGGCAACGGAGCUGCCACGGCAUUCUUCCGCCAGCAUGGCUGCAGCACCAAAGAUGCCGCUGCGAAGUAUAGUAGUAGGGCUGCUACCCUGUACAAGGACAAAGUCAGUCAGCUUGCAGCACAGGCCAUGAAGCUGUAUGGCACACAGUUGCAUAUCAACAUGUCUGGCUCAGAUCUGCAGUCCCCGCAGAAGAAGGAGCACGAUUUCUUUGCCGAUGCUGUUACCACGCUGGCUGCCUCAUCCCCAUCUCCUGCUGCAGGUUCAUUUGCUAGUGCUAGCAAUGGUGCGUCCGCGACUGCCACAUCGUCCAGUAGCCGACAGCCCAAGGUGGACGGACUGGACCAGCGCCCCAAAGAAGGAGCUGCUCCAGUAAAAUCGAGCAUUGGAAAGCGGAAGCCAGCCGGUGGAAAGAAGGGCCUCGGCGGCACAAAGAAAGGUCUUGGUGCACAAAAGGUUGUUGCAGACUUCGACAAGCUAGAGAUUGAGGUAAAGAACACUGAUAAAGAGCGAGAGGUAGCCGAGGCUAGUGCCAGUGCCGCCGCCGCCACCUCAUCGUCCAUGUCCGAGAUUGCAGCGACGCGCACCAAGCAGAAGACGCGUGCAGUCGGCGCUGGGCGCACGGCAGAGCAGCUGGAACGGCUGGGCAUGGGUGCAGCCAGUGCUCACACCGUCACGCACAGUGCCUCCGGCAGUAUGGCCACCAUUGAGCAGGAGUCAUCCAGCGGUGCAGCGCCCAAGAUGACGUCCAUGUACGAUAGCAGCGGCCUGGGAGACGUGGACUCCAAGAUGAACAUGUACUGGGGCUCGUCGUAUGGAAAAAUGUAAACCGCAUCGUAUGCAGAUCCGGCUUCGUGCUUAGGCAAGAUUUUGUGAAGUUGCCUCCUCAGCAGUGACACAGGCAAAGUGCCUUGUACAAUUGCUAUUAAUAAUAAAGUUUGUUUUUAAAAAGUAUCUUCACAGCGUUUCACUCUUUCUUUUCUUCGUGCUCAUCUAGCGCUGUCUGCCUUGUUUCCUGGCGUAUUGCUACCCCCCCCCCCCCCCAAGUACUUGUCUAUUUCUGUGUUACUCGCUAUUGAUGUUUUAAUUUGUUCCAUUUAGUUUGACUUAUCUGUGUCUGCAUGCUGAAAUUGGUUGUACAUAGCUUGGCCUUUGUUUAUUUACUGUUUGUACAGACAGUUGCUUCGUGUUGCUCUAUUUAGUUCUCAAUACAUGUGCACUCCACUCGCUCUGGCUCGAAGCUCGAUGGUAAUUCUAGGGUCUGUGGUUAACUUCAAGCUUGAGUUCAUUUCAUCGUGCAGCUACAUAACAGCUGCCACCUUGUCCGUAUGUUGCGAUAUGCGUUCUAUCUGCUCUGGACUCUCGGUUCUACGCCGUUCAGCUAAAUACUUCUUUCUUUGUAGAGCUCUCAUUUCUUAUGGUCCCAGGGCAUUAGAUUCGGAUAGUUUUUCUCGAUUGAACUCGUCAACAUGGGUAGAGGAGCUCGUUUUUAUAUCAACUAUGUUGACAGUUUACUGUUCUACUCCA